UUGUCUUGGGUGAUUUUUUAGUGUCUCAAUUUUUUUAGCUUAUAUUAACAUCUCACUCCCAACUCCCAUUCCCCAAAUAUCCUACUCUCUCAUUCGAUUCGGUGCCUAGUGAGACUGAGAAAACUCCUAAAGGAACACCCUCAAGAAAACAAAUACCAAAGAUGGAUGAUCUCAUGCCAGUACCAGAAGAAACUAGGCUUCAUUUUACCCCUUUAAAUGAAGAAAAUGGUGAGAGUGAAAAACAUCAAGAUGCUAAAGUUGAAGGAGACCAGAAAAGCUCAAGUGGGUUCAUAGAGAAAAUUCUGCCUAAACUAGUUUCUGGGAAAGAAGAUCAAGAAGUUGAUAAAGAUGAUGAGAAAAGAGGUGGACUCAUAACCCAUCUCAUAUCCAACUUAGUCUCUCCUUCUAGUCCCAAAGGAGGGGAGUUUACAGCUCAAAAGGAUGAAACACCAAAUGGGGAUUCUAAGUCUGAGAAAGAAGGCCAAGAAGUUGAUAAAGAUGAUGAGAGAAAAGGUGGGCUUAUAACCGAUUUCAUAUCCAACUUAGUCUCUCCUUCAAGUCCCAAAACAGGGGAGUUUUCAGCUCAAAAGGGUGAAUCUCCAAAUGGGGUUUCUAAGAGUGAAGAUGAGAAUGGAAUAAGAGAGAAAAAAACAGAUGGUGAGAAGGAGAAUGGUGGUGGUGGUAGUGGUGGUGGUAUCAUUGAGACCAUUGUUUCCCGCUUCCCAACUUCGAUUCCAGAUGAUGUUGUUCCUACACCUGACGAGGCCUGUAUUCUAAUCAACUCCCUUGUCAAAGAUUAGAGAAUGAAAAAAGAAAAGAGAAAAGAGAUCUUGUUUUGUUAUGGUAAUAUUUUUUUUGGGGGUUUAUGAAUAGUUCAGAUUUGUGUUCUGAGGUGUGAUUUGUUAACAUUUGUUAUUUGUUCUUAAAGAGUUGGGUGUGUGUGAAUGUAUAUAACAAUUGCAUCGGCAUACUACACUGCUCACAGUUUGCUUGUAAUGUUUUUAUCCUUAGUUAACAAAAAAGGAAAAAGAAAAGAAAAAAGUACCCAUUUGAUCCAAAGUUAUUUUACUUCUCCUUUUAAAUUCAAAAGUAUGAAAAAGAAAUAAGAAAAAGAUUGGAUUGGAUUGGA